ACAAGAACUGACCUGAUAGACUUUACUGGGAACAAUUCAUGGUCUAGGAUGCGUUAUCGGCCAGUGUCCGCGAGCUAGAACCGAUUGAUAAAGUCCGUUGUAGUGUGGAAUUGAUUUCAAAUACAAACGAUAGGUACAUUAGUGACAAACGCUCGGUUGUUGAUGGCAGAAGUUAUUAUGGUGAAUUCUGUGAUAUCUGUUUCCGUACUGUUCCUGUUAGGAAUUAGUGUUCAUUCUAUGGUAGGUAAUCCAACACUAGUACCACAUACUCUUGAGCACGAGCUGGAUGAUACUGUGGACUGGGUACGCAUUCCAACUCUUGUCGACGAAUGGAUUUGGACUCAUCGACGUUCGGUUGGUGUUAUGAUGAAACAACAGCGAUCAUCCUUACCAUCGGUGAAUAUCGAAUUUCUUUUAUACACUCGUCGGGACAUCAGUGACGAGGGUCAUCGCUUGAAGCUCGAUAACGUUGAUUCAUUGUUAAGUUCAAACUUUAAUCCGGACCGUCCAACAAGAAUAAUCGUGCAUGGUUGGCAGUGCAGCAAAAGCUCACCGAUUGCGGAAAGCAUCCGCGAUACUUAUCUACUGCUUUGGGACUAUAAUGUGAUUGUGGUGGAUUGGUCCGCAUGCUCAAUGUACUGGAACUACGUACGUUCCGUAGGAUGUGUUCCUGCAGUGGGUCAAUCCUUGGGACAACUGCUCGACGAACUACACCAACACACGGGACUGGUUAUGGAAAACGUGUACAUUAUCGGCCACAGCCUUGGAGCACACAUUGCCGGCAUUGCUGGUAAGAUGGUACAAAAUGGGCGAUUGCACACAAUCAUCGCCCUUGAUCCAGCACUUCCACUGUUCUCCAUCCGGCAGCAGAAAAAUCGCAUCGAACAUCAGGACGCAAUGUACGUGGAGGUGAUACACACUAACGGAGGAUUGCUCGGGUUUCUACACCCGAUCGGCACGGCCGACUUUUACCCGAAUGGAGGCUCUCAUCAGCCCGGUUGUGGGCUUGAUGUUGUGGUCGGACUAUGUUCACACUCGCGUGCUUGGGAGCUGUUUGUGGAAUCGUUGCUGGAACCGGAGGAAAAGUUGCUGGCCAGCAGGGUUGAUUCGUUGGAUGAGAUACGUCGAGACACCGGUCUUCUAGGGCAGAAAAGUGUUCCCGAUGAUGAUCCGCGGGAGCGGGUUAAAAUGGGAGGUGAACCCUCGAGCGCUGGACAGGCCCAUGGACUUUAUUCUAUCACGACGCGCGAUAAAAGUCCAUUUUUCUCCUGAAACUAGGCUAGUGCAGGUUGCACAACGUGCAAUGUAACGUCUACCAAGACUGAGAUGCAUCAUUUGUCGUUAUGCUAAGCCUAAGUCGUAUCGAACCCAUUUUUUCCCGGCCAUGUGCUGCCGGGUAGGUUGGAGGAAUAAGAGUUGGCUUAACGAUCAUCCGCUUUAGACAUAAAAAAAAAUCGGGCUGCAUUGCAAAUGAAGCUUGGUGGCAUCGUUUGGCAAAACAAAAAGAAAUCCUCAUCCUAAAUCAUUUCACACUCGGUGUCAUAAGCUAUUGUUUCCAGAUCGUUUUUUGGACAGUGCAGAAUUGCGUAAAUGUGUGCGCUAUUUUCCGUAUAAAUUCGAUUACGAAUAAGCAGCAGUAGUUUUUAUACAUUCGGCUCAACAGCAAAAUGGAGACAAAGCAUACGCAUGAAUUUAGUAAUGGUUUGGUGGAAAUUUAGUAAUCAUCUAAUUCAGCACAUACUAGUAGGUUUGUCGUUAGCAUUAAAUAUAGAUUUUUGAAUAUUUCACAAAGGCAGUAUUAAUAAUCAUUUAAAACUACAACAAAGGUUAGGAGUAGCAAUAACGCAAAAAGGAGCCAAAAAUGGCAGGCCAAGAUUUAGAUUGUUAGAGAUUGCAACAGAAGAUUUGUAGAUCACCUAACGAUGGGAUUGAUAAAAACGCUUUUAUCUGUUUUUACAACAGCUUGUACUGAACUGAAUACAAUAUGUGUACGAAUAAUUAAUUUAAAGAUAAUUUGCUAGGAGUUCGCUUUUUUAUGUAUAUUAUAUUUUACUUUUUUGAAAUAAUAUACAUCAGGUCGAAUUUUAAAACAAAAUAAAAACCGUUUGUAGUCGUGUAAAUUUCGUCCUCAUUUGCUUCGUCCAGUAUUUUCACAACAUGUCCAAUAUGGGACAUCACGUUUUAACCGUCAAUUCGGAUGCUUCAACCCUUCAUCUGCACUCUCGCCAUCAACGAUAAAACCACAGGAAUGGUAGCACACGCCAAACAAACCAUGUCACGAUGACAAAAUCCAUCACUCCCGAGUGGUUUGGUACUCAUCCGUACCUUCAAAGAUACACUGCAGACGCCCUCGGGCACAGAUCGUGAUUGGGGAGUUGAAGGCAGAUUCUGAUGGGGCUUCUGCGCGCCCGAAAGCAUCACCGGAAUGGUAUUGCAAUGGAACAAGCAUGCCACAAACAGAUGGGAAACGUAACCUUUGGGCCGCAGGUGACUCCACACGAAGGCAUUCGCGGUGUACGACGAUACGAUACUGAUGCAUUGCGAGCUGCUCGGGAGCAUUCUGGUUAACCUAUAUCGUACGAAUUUGCAACACUGACCGCACGGUUGUCGGUUAAAUUGAUUUCGGUGAGAGCAAGAUUGCAACUGAAGGAAAAAAAAUUCUACUACCUUUUUUCACCUGUUCAUUCAGUUGUUUGGGUUUCCAAAUGAUGGACAUACAUGAGCUAAAGCACAAAUAAAAUAACCCCUUUCGUCUAAAUAUAUAUGAGCAACGCGCGUUUGCAAGAAAGCAUCGUUUGCAUAAAUCGUCCAUUGUUUCAGCUACGCCCGCGAUAGGAAGAGACUGCGCACACGCGGAACCAGCGCAUGGGCUUGGGAAGUGAUCGUUGCCCAACCCGCUGGGAAAACUAACCCUAAAGAGGCAAAAUAUAAUAUUCCGUGGGUGGAAAAGUGAACGGGGCCUGCUCGAAGCGCUUGCCGGGACUGGUGCAAAAAUCAGGUCAAUUCCAUUAUGCGUUUGACAUUAUGCAAAAACCCGAGGAUUAUGGGAUGCUCGAUUGCUUCACGCUUCUUCUUUACCACCGCUACGGGGGGGAAGAGUUUCAUGACCCUCAAAAAGGGCUGCUAAAGGUUGAAUGGGAGGGCCCGUGGAAAGUGGUGCACGGUCGCAGGUGAGUUUUCCUAUUUCACGCUCGUCGCGUAAAUCAUUCGAUGCAAUUUUAUUUCUUAGCCCAUCGAUAGUUCACGGCGGAGUAUGAUCCUAUCGGUUGAUGGCAGAAAAAAAAUCUAAUCUUAGGUCUAUAUGUCAGAGGCUCCACAAUCGGUCAAUUUUUCAAUCAAAAUAUCUUUUCCAUUAUGAGUGCUAGAAGACUGAUCUAGAGCUGACCUUGGAUAGAUUAGGAUUGAUUAGCGUGUUUGAAUAACACUAAAAUAGUAUGGAUAACCUUGACAAAUUUUAUUGCCCAACGGAGCUGGGGCAUAGGUAAUCGCUAAGUGAAAGGUAAUGUUACAGCAUUAUGUUGCGUUUAUCAGUAAAUUG